UCGGUCGAGGUCGCACGUGGACCCACGAAAAUCAUAUCAAUCGAACUCACCCGUUCAUUUCUUCCCAAAUCAAGAUCGAUUGAUCGGUAGUUGAAAAUUAUUUCAAGAGCGUUGAAGGAAGUUGAAACAAUGGCCAAAGAUUUCCGGAGAAGACUGGAGUGAAAAACCAACGCUUUUCACUUAUUCGUAUGUGGUGGAGAUUCCAAGUUUAUCUUUAUUUUUUUGUACAUGUGUAUAGCUGUGUGUUUUGAAGUUCCCGGGGUGGGAAAAGUAUAAUAAGAUAUUAUGAGAAGGACGGUAAGGUCAGAAUGCGGGAGGAAGAGCUCGAGAUAUCACUCAAGGUGGUCAUAGUAGGAAAUGGGGCAGUGGGCAAGUCGUCGAUGAUCCAAAGAUUUUGUAAGGGAACCUAUACAAGAGACUACAAGAAGACUAUUGGUGUUGAUUUCUUAGAGAGACAGAUAGAGGUCGAUGGAGAAGACGUGCGAUUAAUGCUGUGGGACACUGCUGGCCAGGAGGAAUUUGACGCUAUCACGGCUGCUUAUUAUCGUGGCGCGCACGCCUGUGUGCUGGCAUAUUCAGCGACUGAUAGAGAUUCCUUCGAUGCUAUACCAUCGUGGAAACUCAAGGUUGAGAAUGAAUGUGGGGAAAUACCAACGGUAUUGGUGCAGAACAAAAUUGACUUGGUGGAUCAGUGUCAAAUUGAUCCAGAAGAGGCGGAAAGACUUGGACGAGCUCUCGGCUGUAAACUCCUACGGACCUCUGUCAAGGAAGACGUGGGCGUUUUGAGUGUCUUCAGGCAUUUGGCAUCAAGAUGUCUCCUGGAAAUGCGCAGAUGUGAGGAUGAUUUUCACGAUGAUUUGAGACUUUACUCGUCGGGACCCCGAUCACCUUCAGUCAUUAGUGCUUUUAGCCCAAACGAAUGUAGCCGUACAACCGGAAAUGGCACGAUUGUUCUCCGUCCAAGUGGUAAACGGCAUCAUAGGAAGAAAAAUUUUGUCAAGAGCGCGUGCCGACUCUUGUAAUGAAUACUUGAAAAGAGUAUUGUCCUUUAGAAUCUUAGUAAUAAUAAGCAAAUCAACUGCCGCUGAGAAUUAAAUAUAAGGAUACUGUGUAUUGUCCUCCGGCCGACGUACGGUCCGUCCCAAGGACAAGCGAGAAAAGAGGCAUUUUUGUCUAGAGUAUUAUUAUACAUUGUACCUUCUUGUUUUGUACAUAUGUGUAUGUAUUUCUCUUUUAAUUAUUCGCUCUUAAGAAUUGGGUUUUAUUCACCGAGUGACUUUGAAUAAUUUAUAAACUGGUAGAUGUGCGAUGUUAAA